UUCAUUGUUAUUUUUCGUUACCUGCUUGUGACCACGUCGAUCCACAGCGGGAUUUACUUCACGCGGGUCGGUUUGGAUGAAGUUAAGAGCGGGAAAAGACCCGCGAGUUCAGGAUGUCUUCAGGCGCAUCACGCACGAAGUCACCAGGAUGCUUUACAAGCAUAGCAAGCACCUGAGUGGACGAUACAAGAAGUCCAAACAUCACUUUGUUUGGUUCCUCUGUCUUUGGAUUCACCUUCUGCCACAAGCUGAUGGCUUCUUUAUGUCUGAUGCUAAAGCUGUCCUGCAAGGAUGCGAUGACCACUGGACCUUCCAGGGACAGAGCCGUAUGCCUGUGCUCUUCCAAACAACGAUAUGUGUGAACAUACGGGUCCUUUCCCAAGGAACAUGGACUGCAUUUAGCUAUGUCUCAGCGCCGACACGCCGAUAUGAACUGGCCCUGCAGGGGGACCAAAACAACCUGUACGCCUGGCUGUUGGGUGUACGACACCAAUUCACUGUCCAGCUGACCGCUCAACGCUGGCAUCACAUAUGCCUACGAUGGGAUGCCUUUAGCAAGAGUUUUAGUCUGACAAUAGGCGGAAAUUCAGAAGUAUAUCAGCGCACUGCCAUUGCGCGAGCAAUCCCCUCUUCUGGGAGUCUUUUGCUGGGUUGCCAACCAAAUGAAGCCUCCCCUGGGGUAAAAAUGGCCACAACUGAGCUCUACCUGUUCCGCAUAUGGGAUGAUGUAGGAGACCACAAGGCCUGUGAAGAUGGGACAGUGAUUGGCUGGGAUUCACAAAUUUGGGCUAUCACACGAGCCCAGGCCAGAGUCCAAGAUUACACACUGCAGUGUGGCAUAGAGCAUCUGCGUAAGAAACGCGAUGCACCGGUAAUUCCGUCCUUCAUCAACGGACGGGAGAGCUCUCAGAUUUAA